AUGGAGUAUUCCAUUGAUCCACCGAAAUUUCUAAGCAUCAUGAUGGUCCUGCGAUUGACAUAUCUAACGCUGGCUCAGAUCCUAGUUUCGGCUAUAUCGUUAAUUGGAGGAACAGCCAGCUACAACUCUCCAACACCGUCAUGUAAGGCACUUGCUCGCCACGCCCGCGACUUUCCCGUCACUGCCCCGUCGCCCCCAUCUAUACAUGGAGUCUGGGUGUCUGAUCAAUGUGAGAUACGUCCGGGUCCCGAGUUUUUAUUGAGGAAAUAUCGUUUUAAACGUGGUAAAUUCCAACUUCAUCAAUAUUACUACUCUGGUCCAGACUGUUCCGUACCUCUCUACAGUGUCAAAGCUCAGGGUACCAUCAAACUGCUUCGUCCGUCUUGGAUCGUCCCGGGCGCUAUGGAGGCUAAAUAUAGAUUACACAACGUGUCAAUAAUCCCUUUUCAGGAACGAAUUGCGAAGGAGUUCCGAAGGAAAGUACGGGAACAAUGCCCAGAGGUUAAAAGUCAUCCUUGGAAACCAUACCAUAGUUAUCAAAUAAUGAACUUCCCCCCGUACAAGAAGUUUAGACUUUAUAAACAUCGAAAUGUUGAUUAUGAUUGUACACAUGUGUUCAAUCUUACAUUUCACGAACUUCAACUUUUGAGAGUUGAAAUUCGACGUCAAAGUGGAUCAGUGGACAAGAAUAAAAUCAGCACUUAUCCGUCUCGUUAUUCCAAAAGUUUUGAGGAAGUGGACCUAUUGCUGGGAGAUAUUCAUACGGACAGGAAACAACGCCAUACAUAUCGACCUUCAAGCUAUCAGACAGCACUCCGUAAUUCCAAGACAAAGACCUGCCAGAUUUGCAAUGGAAUUGCAAACUCAAACGAUUAUUACCCACCGAAAAUAGAUCGGCAAAAACCAUCGAAGUUUCGCUUGCACGGAGACUGGGUAAGCACUGGAUGCGAGACCAGACAAUAUGGACAAUUUUUAACUAGAAAGUUGUCAUUUCUUUCGGACGGGAAAUCAUGGCAGGGCCAAUACGACUUUUUUGAGGAUCCGAUUUGCCGAAAGGGGAGCUUUUCUUUGUCUGUGAAAGGAACUUACACAGGCGAUAAAGUGUCUAAGAUCAUACCAGGAUCUAAAGAGUACAACUUUAGACUAAUCAGGUUGAAAGUCACCCCAAAGAAUAAGCAAAUGGUGAAUACGCUACGCUUGUAUGACGGGCAUUGUGGUGUACGAAACGCUUGGAAAAUAAACGAACAACAGGACGUGACUAGCACAGGCGGAUGUGACGUUCUUGGCAUCAUACUACCUAACGUAGAAUUCGAGAUAUUACGAAUGGUUGUGUCAGAGCACCAAACACUGCUCUAUGUUGGUCAGUGGACUAUGAACAGUCACCCGAUCAGAAGUAAACAGUCACGGCCUACCUCUUUCCAGCAGCCUCUUGUGCGAUGCUCAGACUCUGUUGCAAAACAUGCUUCAAACAAGAUUGAAGUUUUUCUAUCAGACGACAAGCAGUUCCCAGUAUUUGCCAAAUUUGAGGCCGCAUCUAAAACAAAUGGUGUUUUAAGAGUUGAGGCAUCAUUUUUGGCUAUUUUCAUUGUUGUUGUUAAUGUGAUUGUGUCGUAG